AUCGCUACAGCAUUUGCGCAGAUAUAUCUCCGUCUCAAAAUCUGCAGACGCGCAACAUUCCGGUCAUUCAGGGUCGACAUCAAAAUCUGUCAAGAUGGUCUGGGAUAAAUACAAUCGCUCCAACGGCGGUACUACCAUCGACUUCUAUCCGAAUACUCUUGACAACAUCUUUUGGUCAAAAGAAGGUAUUAUUGCAGUCGGCGGCAGCGACCAUGUCAGUCUGUUCGUGCCACGCCUCAAGGUGGUCGUAUCAGACGAGAGAAGAUGGGACAAGAUCAACCUCAAGACCAACUUCUUCACCUUCGAAGACAUUCAACUUCAAUUGCCCUUGAGCUGGAACAACUUCUCUAUCGGCGAAGAAAUGUCAGAGUCUUUCGUACACGCCCUCGAUUGGUCUCCGCCAGGACUCGGCAAGCACAAGCGAAGUGUCCUAGCUGUUCUGACUUCCAACCACGUCCUAUCAAUAUGGGAAUGCAUCGGAAAGCCGGAGAUCGCCACAGACUGGGUCAGGGCUUGUGUUAUCAACCACGCCCUCCAAGCUCACUUCAGAGAAAAGGACCUUCGAGGUCAGGAGGAGAGCGAACCUGACCACCUUGAAAGACUCAGAGCAAAACAGCGCAUCAGAGCAUUCGUGUGGAGUCCAGCACCACCAAACCCUUCUCUGUCUGGCGCCUCGGGGGACUGUUCAACGAGGAGUCCAUACCUGGCUGUUUCUAAUGAUCGCGGCGAAGUCUUGGUCAUCAACGUACAAACACCUUACGAUGUUGCGGACUCGAAGACGUCAAAAUGGGAUCUUUCGGUAGUGGCUUCGUUUGGUGUUGAGGUUCCUGACACCAAGCAGGCAGCCCUCAGCGCUUGUAUGCCAGUAACGCUCAAGUGGAGGACUCCAUUUGUGGAUCAGUUGGCCUGGAGUCCUUGGGCCCUGGAUUCAACCAACACAUUGACAUCGAUGUUAGCCUUCACGUCUCAAUCAUCACUACAAUGCACAAGUAUAAUGCUUGUCAACGAAGGAGCCUUGACUGAAGUGGUCGCUGGCCAUGUUGUACCGCUGAUGGAGAACGUACUCGAUACUCAGGCCGUUGGGUGCAUGAAGUGGGCCCCGAAGCUGAACGGUGCAAAGGAAGCAUUCCUCGUUUACCCGACCCGGAAGACCUUCUACUGCCUGCAAGUCCAACCAGGACACGUUCUUGAUGUUCAAGUUACUGCUCAAGACAUUAAUACUCCGUGGGAUGAAAUCGCUGGCAUGACUUUCGUUCAGGACGACAACGAGAAUACUUCUGUGCAGAUGGCAUAUCAUCUUGGCUCGGGCUCCGAUCGCAUUACAAGUCUUGCUUUACCUUUCACGCCGACUUCGGGCCUUGGAUCCACGAACUGGCAGCAUGACUUGCUUAGAGGGCAAAGACGCUUCAGCGAUGAGUACGGUCUUGCUGGCAACGUCAUGUCACGAGCAUACGGCGUGUCCGUGUCUCCAUUCGGAGAUUUGGUCGCAGUCAACGUCAGCUUCCAUCCAAGCGAUGGAGUCGAGUACACAACGAGUUCUGACGAGCUUUCAUACCUCAUCACAAGCCAGUGUAAUGAUGACUUGCAGUUUGCUCUAGCUGGAUCUCCAUCAAAUGCUUAUGAGUUGACCGCUGAGGCUCUGCUCUUUGGUUUACAGAGUCUUUCUGUGCGUGGUCCCGAAGCUCUUGCUGACGACAGUUUCAUUGCCGAACAAGUCAUGCAAGCACUCGAUCUGGCAGAUUUACCCUUGGUGAACUCAAACCAGGGACAAAUUACUGAAGACACCCCCGUCGAGCUGAUUGUGCGCCAAGUAAGGCAAAACAUCUUGUUUAAUCGCGAAAGUGUCGAAAGCCGCGUGACACAGUUGUUGAAGUAUGUCAAGACUGACGUUCCAAAAACACCGCCACUUGAUGCUACAGUCGUGCUUAAGAUUGUCUCCGAGAUAUCUCGUCUACCACACUUUGUUGCAGACGCAAGCUUACUAAGCAACUCUAUCAUGCAGAUCCACAGUUUGAUACUGGCGAGGCUCCAAGUUCGAGCCGGAAACGCAGACGCUGACGCUUCUAACCUAGAAGAGGAGGAGAUCGAGAGAUGCGAGAUAUGCAACACCAACAUACCCUUCGAGAGCCUUCGGUGGGCAAAGUGUGUCAAUAACCAUCAAUAUCCUCGAUGCACACUCUCCUACCUUGCCAUCCAAACGCCAGGUACAGCCAAAUUCUGUUCAAUCUGUAAUGCUCAGUACAUCAACGAGUUUAUGAUGCCCAGCUUCAGGGCCACAGAUGGCAAAGAGGCAGAUGCAGAUGCUGGAACAGAUGAAGAUGUCGUGAUGCAAGGGAGUUCCGACCAAGAGCCUCCGGUAUCUUUGGCACGCAUUCUUUUUGCGGCAUGCGAUAGAUGUGUCUGUUGUGGAGGCAAAUUUACCGGGUAAUUCUAGCAUGCAACUACCCGCAUUCCUCGCGACAAUGGUGUGUUUACCACUCCUUCCUACAAGGGCAAUAUGGCAAUACGGGCCGUCUGGGCAGUAG